AUUCUUCCAAUUCGUUUAUAUAUGUCUAUAUAUCAGGAUACGAGUCCGUUGGAUCCCAAAGUGGGUGACAUUGCAGCUUGUGUUGAAGAAGAACGUCGUUUUGCUUCCAGUCUAAGGUCUUCUCCGUUCUCUUUAAGAGGUAUACUGGAAAUUGGUGGUGCACAAGCUUCUGUGUUACUUUUGAAGAGGCGAAGAAGAGAACUGACUGGGUUAGAAGAGACUUAUAAUUAUAUGAAGAGGCGUUCUUGGAGUAGGAAAAAUGCGGGUGUUGUUUUAACAGUUCCGAAACACAUCCCUUUCUGGCUCUCCUUGUUUUUCCUAAGUUACCUUAUCUUUGUAUUUAUUAGUAUAUUUCUUUUGAAGAAUCACGAUGAGAAUGAGUAUCUCAUUCUCGGAUUGGUCUUUUUGUUGGCGUUUGUGUUGUCUCCUCGAGUAGGUGAAAUGUUUCAGUGGGUUAUUGCAGAAAUAUAUACAGCUCUAUACAUAUAUUACAUACUGAGUCGUACACACAACCAUACUCUUGACAAGAAGUUAUCCUCUGGAUUGACUUAUACGGGAUUUUUUUGUUUGGUUAUUUGUGCAAGCGUUGUGAUAUUUACUAUAUUGUUCUAUUACUGUUGGCCUUUCCUAUUGAGAGGAUAUUUAACCCAAUGGACUCAGUUUGCAGGAGUUGUGGAAGAUACAGGAGGAGGAGAAACUCGUGUUUCAUCUACUCGUUGUUCCGAUGAGAAUAUCCCUACAGGCAGAGAUAGUCAGGCAACAUAUAUCAAGACUUCUCAUAGUUCUGUUGCACCAGCAUAUGCUAUGCAUGAAUGGUUAUUGAUGCAACAUGGAGAUGAACGUUAUCAUUUUUGGAUUCGAAAGUUUGCGAUUCACCAGUAUCAAGGAUAUCUCCAUUUGUUGUUUCCUUGGUUUGUCAAACCAACGAUUUCGGAAGCUCAUCAAUGUUAUUUUAUUGGUCCAUUGAAGGAAGAUUUACCUCAUGGACUCGGAGCUUGGUUUGAUAGCAGUCCCAAUGGAGAGAAUCUCAUAGGCUAUUUUGAUCAUGGCAUUCCCGUAGGUCCAUUUGAAAGUCAAGAGAAUGUAACUGGAGCAGAACGAGGCAAUGUGCUUAUCAACAUUCGUAUGAUAUAUAUGUCGGAUGUAAAAGGUAUAAAAACAUUGACUCGUGCAAAACCUCAAUGGGGAGUAGCAUCUGCCGAAUGUUGUGUUUCAGGGAAUAUUUCUUUGGAUGGUUAUCCAGUGGUUCGAGAUAUUUGUAAGUCAAAAACAUGUCAAUGUCUUCAUAGCAAGGAAGACUCUUGCAGUUGUGCAAAGGAAAUGUUAUUGAAAUAUUAUCGUCAUUUAGAAGAUACCAAACGUUUAACUUCUAUUCUAGUAUCUGUGGAUAACGAUGGAUUGAAAGUUCAAGGCCAUUAUCCCAAACACGAGUCAUCAUCACUUACUAGUAUUCGACCACAACAAGUUACUAUUUAUUUAGAAAAUGUGGAGAAACAAAGUACAGCGAGUCAUUCUCGAGGUAAUUCUUCAUUGGCUGCUUUUGUAGAGAAUCCGGAGCGACGGUUUGGUUCCCUUAGCAGUCAGUUUCUCAAUUUGUCAAACUUGAUAGUGGACAAGGGUUGGGAGAAGACCGUGGAUACUGAAGCACUUGUGUUUAUUCAUGGCUAUAAUCACAUGUUGGUCGAUGCACUUAAGAGAUUUGGUCAGUUUUUAGCAAUGGCCCACUUACCAGCUCAUCUUAAGACAUUUGUUUUCAAUUGGCCUGCAGGAACAAGUCCACUUUCUUAUUCAUUAGCAGUUGGCAAUGCUAGUAGUAACAAUGUACAAAGAGACUUGGAUUUAUUCUUACAAAGCCUUCAUUAUGCCGGAAUACGAAAAGUACACUUUAUGAUACAUAGUAUGGGUGCUCGACUCUUUUUAAGAGCUUUUCCUUUGAUUCGAAAACGAUUCCAAACCCGAAGGAAUACUUCUCAGUCCAUAUCUAUACCUACGAAAGAUAUGGAUAUAUUACCUGCAACGAAUCAAGUCCAACAAGAUCGUUGUAUGGUUUGCGAUAAGGUUUCCAUGACAAAUGAUGAUCUUCCUCCUCCUCCUCCUCCUCCUUUUGAAAGUUCAACUCUCGAUCAGUCUAUACAAUAUUCAGGCAUGGAAUUAUCUACACUCAUCUUUUUGAAUCCUGAUUAUGAGUUGGAUGCCUUCCAAACGGAUUUUCCUGAUUUAUACGAAGUUUGUAAUUGUAUUACGUUGUAUGCGGAUAAACGAGAUCGUGCUGUUCAAAUUGCGGAAACUUUUUGUUGGUAUCAACCUUCAUUAGGUCACCAAACUGCUCCCUUUUGUGAUACUUUUGAACAAUUUUGCGAUAUGGAUAUUAUUGAUGCUUCCGAUUUGGCUGGCAAUAUGAGUUUCACCUAUCAUGCCUAUUGGAAUAUCCAUCGAACCAUGACGUGCGAGUGAGCGACGUUCUCGCUUAUUUGCAACGAGUGGAGGAACAUUUCGGUU